AUGCAAGAGGGUAAUAUAUUGCUACGACAAAACACGCGGAAACCAGAACUAGUUCUUAUCGACUUUGAAUAUUGCUCUUAUAAUUAUCGAGCUUUUGACAUAGCAAAUCAUUUUGUGGAAUGGCAGUACGAUUAUACGGCAGCGGAAUAUCCUUUCUUUCACGAACGUGCAGCAUCUGGUCCUACGAAGGAGCAAAAGUGUUGGAGAAUGCCGAAUCUGUCGAAACAUUUGAAAAGAAAGAAAAGAAAGAAAGAAAGAAAGAAAAAGAAAAAAAAAAAGAAAAACAGAGAAAAAAAGGAAAGAAAAGAAAUCAGAGGUAAGAUCGUCGCGUUUUCUUAUCCUUCGUUCUGUCGUCCAACUUGUCUUGCGCCCUCGUCGAAACAAACGAACGAACGAACGAACGAACGAAUUACAUACAUCGCAUCGAAAGAGAUUCCUCCAGGCAUUCCUCAUUGUUUAUUCCGCCUCGACUUUGUAAGAAGUUACUUGAGAACGGUUGGCAAAGAACAAGGCCCAUCGGAGGAAGAACGACUCGUGACGGAGAUAAAGAUAUUCUGUCUGGCUAGUCACUUGUUCUGGGGCCUCUGGAGUAUCGUCAACGCCAAAUUAUCAGAAAUUCCAUUUGGUUACUGGGAUUACGCAGUCUCCAGAUUGAAAAAUUACCAAUAUUUGAAGGAAAAAAUUAUGGUUUCCGGAGGAUCGCCGACGACGGUCCAGGACGAAAACGACGAAAACGACGAAAACGAUGAAACCGACGGUGUCAAAAAAAUAACCAUAGAUUGA